CUUUGCUCAUUUGUGUUUUAUAAGGAAGUCUUUGGAGCACAUCCUCAGUGCUCCGUAACAGGAAUUAAGGAUUGGAAUAUGAGUUAGAUUGGUUCGGAAAGAGUGGAGACGAGUGGAUACUAAAGUGAAUAGGAUUUGGACACAACAGGCGGGACUCCAGAGUGUCAAGAUGUUCCAGAGGAACAGUCCCUUUGGCGACGACACCAGCAGCUACUCUGGCUCCAUACAGUCCAAUGUGUACUCUGUGGAUGAUAUGUCAUCCCAGAGAUCAAAUAUCUCCAGACCCAGUGGCAAGUCAAUAUACUUGCAGAGAAGAGAAUAUGCUGAUUCUAUCAACAAGAUGAUGAACAAGUUCCAGUACAGAGUAGAGCACCUGUUCACCUGUGACCUGGAUGGGAAGGAGGUGCAGGAUGUCGGGGACUGUGUGGAGCGCUUGAAGCUUCUGGAUGGUAUGGGCCGUGUGUGGGGCCAGGAAAUGGUCCUGGAGGUACGGGAUGGCAACCUGCUGCUGACCGACAUUGAGACCAAGGAGGAACUGGAGUGCCUGGCUCUGAGCAGCAUCCUGGAGCUGAAGGCCGUGAUGGACAGCUGUGUGUACAACUCCCUGCUGACCGUGUCGGUGCAUGACCACAGCAGGAGAAUCACCAGCGUCUUCUUGUUCCAGUGUGAGGAGCUCAGGGCUGAAUACAUUGAAAAGGACUUAAAGAGAGCUCUUCCUCAGAGAAGAGAGACUUUUGGCUCCAGAGAAAAUCUGGCCGCCAUAACAAGCCCUCAGAUAAUUAAGCACACAAGGAACAUAGCCCCGCCCCCUGAAGAGACCGAAUGGAACCCUCCGAGCGACCCUGUGUCUCAGUGGAGUGCUCCGGACUACGAUGAAGCCCCCCCAACACCUGUACCAGUCAGGCCCAGGGUGGAACCCCCCUCCGGACCCCCCUCUGUGGAGGAGGAGCCCCUCCCAGUCUCCCCACAGCGCCAAUACACAGAGAUAGACAGGAAUGUGGACAUCUUGAAUCACAUCUUCACCGAUGUAGAAAUAUUUAUGGGCAAAAUAUCUGCCAUAGUGGCCAAAGACGAGAAGAAAAAGAAGAAAAAGAAGAAGGUUAAAGCUAUAAAAGGCAUGCCACCAAGAGAGGAAUUUGAAUCUUGCCUCCAGAAAAUCAAGUUUGGGUUCAACCUGCUGGGGGAGCUCAAUGGAAAGAUCAAGAAUCCCAGUGCUCAGGAUUUCGUCCAUGUUCUCUUCUCCACUUUAGCAUAUGUGGUGUCUCACUGCCCAGAGGACCUGCCCCCCUCCAUCGUGGCCCCCCUCCUGGAGCCUAUGUGCAUCGUGCUGCUGAGUGAGGAGGCCACCCCAGACGAGGACCAGAUGUGGCAGUCCCUCGGAGACGCCUGGAACAUCCCCAGGUACGACCCCAAAUGGCCAGAGGAUGACGAGGACAUCCCCACCUACACUCCAGAGUUCCUAGACGGCUGGCAGCCCCCAGACGUGACAGAAGGUUCCCCAGAAAGAGAGACCGACAGCGGGCAGCAGAAUCAGCACCAGGCCCCCAAACAGAAAUCAGCCCCAAUGAAGUUUCCACCGUCACAACCAGGUGAGCCCAGUCCCACUUACAUGCAUGUGAAGUAUGAUUUCUCAGCCAGAAACCACAAGGAGCUGAGCAUCUCAAAAGGAGAGGUGGUUCAGUUACUGGACAUGUCCAAGCAGUGGUGGAAGGUGAGGAACUCGGGAGGAGAGGAAGGCUUCGUACCCAACAACGUCUUGGAGGUUCUGGACAAGGGAGAGAAGGAGCAGCUAACCGGUUCACCACAGACCAAAACCGUCCCCUCCUUGACCAGGAAGUCCAGACCCGAUGACGUGAAAGUCUGGCUGGAAUACAAGGGCUUCAGCAAAAUCACGGUGCGUUGCCUGGGCGUGCUGAGCGGCUCCAUGCUCCUGGGCAUGUCCAGGGAAGAGCUGAAGAUCGUGUGUCCAGAAGAGGGAGGUCGGGUCUUCUUCCAGCUACAGAACAUUAAGUCGGCCCUGGCUCUUGCCAGUGAAGUCAGGCCAAUGGAGCCUUGAGAGGGAGUGGAGGACCAGAGAAUAAAGAACAUGUUAGAGAAGGAAGACCAAAAACGUUAUUUCUGACUUUCAGCAUCUGUUAGAGGACUCAUAACUUCAACUGAAACACUUUCAGUUACAACCACCAUAGCUGCAUAAUGCUGAUAUAUAUGUAUGUACAUACAUACACAUAAAUAAACAUGCUCAUUUUAUAAACCAGUAUUGAUAGUUUGAAUUAGAUGACAGAUCAUUUGAGGAUCUCAAGAUUGGUGAUUUGUGGAUAUUUUGUAAUUUCAUAUAUAAUCCUAUCAAUUGAUUGGUAAUGAUGAAAUAUGAAUACAAUUGGAGAUUCAUAAAUUAUAUUAAUCAUACUGUGAAUGUCAUAUCUGUAAAAAAACAUUUCAGGUUUAUGUUAUUGUAUAUGUGUUACUACCGGUACUGUAAUUUGACAGAUAAAUAUAAAUGGCCCUGUCUAUCCAGUAUAAGUAGUUAACAAUUGUCUUGUGCAGUAUUGGUACAACAUAGGCAUUCCUUAUAUUCAUGUAUAUACAGUACAUUCUAUUUAAAUGAUAAAUGAUGUAUAUAAACAUAUAUCAAAUCAAUAAAAAAUGAAUGAAGA